CAUAUAUGGCGCCUAAGGGCCCUCUCAGCGACAAAUGCCGACCGACGCGCUCGAGGACUUGAUGCACCAGAAGGCGCACGCCCAGAAGAGCCGCGCAAAGGCUCGCCGGUCCAAGCACCACCGCGGCGGCGUGCCUCCGGAGCCGGCGGACGCUCCUGUCCUUCGGACGGCGUGGUCGACUCGACUGGUUCCGCACAACGAGUUCAUGGGCCCUUGGGAGCGGUGCCACGCGACGCUGGUCAACGAUGCGCGCGCGUACCGGGCGACGGGCCGGCCACAGAUCGCUCUGCUCGGCGACAGCAUCACCGAGAGCUGGCGCGGCACGGGUCUGUGCCGCAAGCUCGGCCGGUGCCAGGGCGUGCCGGGGGUGCUGCAAGCGACGCUGGGCGCGCGGUGGCCGCAGCCGACUGUCCUCGGCAUCGCGGCGGACCACACCCAGCACCUGCUCUGGCGGCUGGCCGACGGCGAGGAAGUGUGUCGGAAGUGUGUCGGAAGUGUCUCGGAAGUGUCUAGGCGGCUGGCCGACGGCGAGCUGAGUCCGGCGAUGGCGUCGGACCCGCAGCUGGCGUUUGUGGUGCUCAUCGGAACAAACAACCUCGGCCGCGGCCACACGCCCGAAGAGACGGUCGCGGGCGUGGUCGCCGUCGCGGGCACCCUCCUCAACCAAACACAGGGCAGGGUGCUGCUGAACGCGCUGCUGCCGCGCGGCGACGGAAACAAGCGCAAGAAGGCGGCGCCAGUCGUUGGCAGCGCUGCCGACGGAAGCCCGGUCCGCUCCUUCUCCCCGUUGAUCACCAAGGUCAACGCUGGCCUUCGAUCGUGGGCGGAGGCGGACGCGGCGCGCCGCGUCGGGUUCGUCGAUUGCGGCGGCCCGUUUCGGCGCGGGGAGCACUACGUGCAGCGCGAGCUGAUGCCAGACUCACUGCACCCCAAUCGAAAGGGGCACGAGCUGUGGGCGAGCUGCCUGACCGCGGCGCUGCUGGAUCACUUUCCGGGCAUGUGACGGAUACACCGAUACAGACCCCUCUGCCCUACAAAGAGGCCAACGGACCCACCAGAAAUUUCUUUUCUUGAAAUUC